CAUUCAGAAAAUGGAGGCAAACAAGCUCAAAAGAGAUGUUGAGGCCCUUAUAGACAACUACAUUGGACAGAAACUUAGGGAAGACGCCUUUGAUCCGAAGGGCAAGGGAACUUUCACAGCGCUGGAUGACUUGGCUCACUAUGAUCUUGCAAUCAGUGUUGCCCUUUGGUGGCUGGAGAAGAAGGAAGGACGACAUGUGCUCGACAGAGAGAUCAUUGGAGCAACAUGCAGUUUAGGAAGUGCCCAGUAUCCUAAUCGCUUAGAGCGGGAGGCUAUGAUCUUGUCAUCCUUUGCUGGGAUUAUUAUGAGUAGCCUGCCAGUGGAGGAAAUCUUGACUCUGUACAGGUGUAAACCAGCCGCUUCAUACCCCAACCAGAAGUCCAAGGGCUCAAUUGUCUAUCCCAUCACUCUGUCCUAUCAUCCGUUUGCAAUACUUGGAUCCUACAAGGCCGUGUACCACUCCAAGAAACACAAUCAGAAGCUGAAACGAUGGCUGUCUGGGCAGACAAAGGCAAGUGCUCCACCGAAGCAAGUUUCAUCUUCGUUUUCCACUUCAUCUCAGUCCUUCAUCAGUGAAAGCAGUGAUGUUCACCAGGAAAGGACUGAGCACUAUGAAGGCUCGCAAGAGUCUCUGCACAACUGA